AUGGCCGGCAGUCUAAAUAAAGUUUUGCAAGAGACUUUCAGCGUUGACGGGAACUCCAAUUUCAAUGUUAACGACGUUUGUGAUGGAAUUGCCAAAGAAAUUGACACAGAAGUUUUGUUUUAUGACCAGUUACAGCAGUUGGCUAUAGAUAAAGGUACGAAUGAUAAUUUAUCUUAUUGUUUAUGUGUUUAGAAGCUGAAAGUUUAUCAGAAAACAGCGAAGAAGCAGAAGAAAAGGAAAACAAAAAAACAGAUGAACAACAAGUCAGUAGGCCAAAAAGCUUGAGGAGAAGAGUGUUGGAAAUCAGUCAAAGAUGUGCUGCAGCUAAAACAAAUGUUGAGGACUCGAAAAUGACCGAAUCAGCGGGGAAAUCAGCUAAAAAUAACGGUGUGGAAGGUGAACAGAGAAGAAACGAUAAAGACAUCGAUCCAAUGAAGCCAGAACUAAAAGAAGAAGUUGUCACCGAAAGAACCAUCAUGAGGUUAAAUCAGAUCUUUGAAGAUUUUGUUCACGACGUGAUUCGUAUGGAGCUUCAGAUGGUUUUCGAAAAUUCAUACAACGAGACAGCAAAACGCUUUCGUCGAGAGUUUGUGAAUCCAAAGACAGGAGCUCUGUAUAACACCAGAAAUGCGUUUGAUUUUGUGUUUAAGAAGGUACAAGCAUCUUUUGAUAGCUUAUCAAAGGCUCCUGAACCUACGUUUUCACAAGAGAUAUUGACGAUGUUGAAGAAGAUGUCAGUUUUGUCGGCAUCAUCGAUUGGAAUGUUGUUCAAGUCAGGGAUUGAGAAGUUUAAACCAAAGCAUUUGGAGUUGUUUCUGAACUCCAGAGACGAGCUGGCUGGUCUUUACUUCCUGAUGCAUGUUUAUUUUACAUUGUUCAAGAACGCCUCGUAUCCUGUGAUUGAUCCUGAUCAGUUCGAGGUGAAAGAGAGCCACGAAUUAGAGAAAGUCGCAUCUGAAGAUGAAUUUAUGGUUGAAUUGAACGAAGCCUUCAAUCAACGUUUCCUAAAGGCUUCGACUAUAGAUGUCGCUCGCAAGUUCAGACAAUUGUUGGCCGAGUUCCACAACUGCAAGUACUUGUACCUGGUGCUUCAGGAGUUCAAUCGACAGCUGAGUCUGUGUCAAGACGACAAUAACUUUGGUGCUGAUAUCAAGGUCGCUCUAGUACAUAUGUACGAGCAACCAGUUGUUGUGAUUGGCAGAUUGUUUAAGAAGAAGAUGUGUUUGGAGAGGACGUCGUUCUUCGACCACUUAGAUGAGAUGAUUCUGGACGACUACAAGGUGGGAGCUGGAUUACUGUUCACUAUAACGUCGUUGAUGGACAAGACCAAGUAA